AUGUGGCGAGCUACGAAACUACUGUCGCUUCUUGCUUCCUUCCUUUCUCUAAAAUUCACUUUAAUUUCAGCAGCUGCAACAACAACCGAUGCAGCACCUAAUCCAGCAUCUACCGCUUGCGGAGAUAUUGUCAGAAACGAUGAAAGGAUAUUUCUCGCAAGCGACGUCAAAGCAUGCUUGCUCUCAGUCCCAUUCAAUCCAGCAGUGGCAACACAGUUCUUAAAAUAUUAUCGCGACACUCUUCAGUUUCAGUCGACCUUGGGCUAUCUCAAGAACCCUCCCACCGGAUAUCAACAGCCUGCAGUUGAUCUAAUUCGCGGUCUUGACAACAUUCAGAUUGGUAUCAACAAUGGUGCUUACAGAAACCAGUUUGAUUUCGAAGUCUCCUUGCAAAAGCUUAUAUUUUCUGCCCAUGACGACCAUUUGACCCUCAUCAACGGUAUCCUUGGAGCAUUUACUUUUGGGGCACCGAUAGACAUUGUUUCAGUAUCUUUAGAUGGCAUCGCACUUCCUAAGCCUUAUAUUCUUGAUCAUCUGAUUGAAUUCCAAGACAAUCCUGCACUUACAAUUUCUCCGAUAGCAACUCUCAACGAUCGUCCGGCCGUGGACUACAUCAAAGCAUUUGGCGCGCUCAACUCUCUAGGCGCUCUCGAGUCUCAUACAGAGUACAAUCUCCUAAUGACGAGUCCUGCAAGUGAGAUUCAAAACCUUCUCAGUCCCUGGAACGGCAACGCAAACUUUUAUCCUCCAGACGAUUGGCUAAAAGUCACAUUGGAAGACGGAACCAAAGCGACCAUCCAAAUUAACGAAACGCUCACGAUUGAUUCUCUACCCUUCAUAGCUCGUUACAAUGGCCCACUUGAGACUGGUCCCCUGGAAACCGGAGGCGACUUUUACAACUUCUUUGUGCUUGGGCUGUUUCCUGAUUCUUAUCAACCUUAUGGAGACUGGAAUCCGUUACCAAGCGCCUCAUCUUCAUCCGAAUCGGUUGCAGCAGCCACUUCAAUUGAAACCCCUUCUACGGAAUCGUCUGCAACUUCGGAUUCUACGUCGACAGCAUCGGCGGACGAUGUUGCAGAACCAACAGGAUGGGAACAUGCAGCCUACCCGAUACCCGACAUCGAACAGCAAGAUCUUGGAAGUUUUUCUGCCGGUUUUGUAUCUGGCUAUUUCUUCCCAGAAUCAUCAAUUGCUGUUCUCAGUAUUCCAAGUUUCAAAGCUCAAGACGAAGGCGUCAUGGCGUUUUCCAACGCGGUAGGAGAGUUCUUGGAAAAGAGCAAGAGCGCAGGAAUGGAGAAAGUUGUCAUUGAUCUCCAACAAAACUUUGGUGGUGUUACACUUCUUGCUUAUGACACUUUCAAGCAAUUCUUUCCUAGCAUUGAGCCUCAUGGGGGCAGUAGGUUACGAGCUCAAGAAUCCGCCAACGUCAUAGGCGGCGCAAUAACAAAAUAUUUCGAAACACUCAAUAAAACUAAGGAGGAAUAUUAUACGUUGCUUGCUGACGAAUGGGUUUCGUCAAACCGGAUCAACGCUGACACCAAUGAGCUGUUUGUCUCGUGGGCAGAGGAAUUCGGACCUCAUCAGUCAAAUGGGGAUACAUUUACGAUAGAUCAACGUUUCAACUUGUCUGACACACUAUUUAAUACCUUGAGUGUAGGAAACCCGGAAGAAGUGUUUACUGUAUACGGGUAUGGUACACGUGUCGCGAGUGUUGCGCAGCCAUACGCUGCUGAAGACAUCAUCAUUCUCUCAGACUCAAUAUGUGCAUCUGCCUGCUCCAUUUUCAUGGAAAUGAUGCACCAUGAAGCUGGCGUAAGAACAGUGGUGGCGGGUGGGCUUCCGCAAAAUGGCCCAAUGCAAGCCCCGGGUCUUACGAGAGGAGCUCGAUAUUACGAUGUGCAAGUCCUCGAUCAAAAAAUUGAAUUCGCUAAAACGGUGCUCGAACAUUUUGAUGAAGACAUUCCAAACUUCAUAGGAAAUCGAACUAUAGCUUCCCCAAUCAUCUCAGCUGGCAUAAACCUCAGAGAUCAAGUUAGGAAGGGCGAAGAAAUACCUCUACAAUUCUUGUACGAAGCGGCGGACUGCAGAAUCUUUUACACCCCUCAAACCGUGUACAACUAUACUGCUCUUUGGCAUUAUGCUGCAGAAGCCAUAUGGGAAGAUACUAGCAAAUGUGUUCUUCAUUCAACAGGAUACUCAACCAUUAAUGGUACUAAAACAGCCGCCCCAGCUCAAGAUCUGCUCCCCCCAGCUACCUCCGGUCCACCACCACACCUAGGAGCUGACAUUAUGGCUGUGAUUUCGGACGACAGUCUAAAACCAGAGCCAGUCAGUAGCCAAUCUGAGAAAAAGACACCACCGAUAGAGGGUCAGGAAUGCAUAUUCGGGUCGAAUUCGACGGGCAACUGUCCGAAGGACUACUAUUGCCUUGAGAAGUACACAAAGUGUAAUUCCAAGAAAUCAUACACCGUUUCAGCCUGCGUUCCUCUCUGCGAUCCAGCGUUGACAAUUCCAAAAUGCCCCGUUGAGGGUCUUGCUUGUCUUCCCCUGCCGUCCGCAACACCUGGUGUAGAGGACUCCGCAACACAAGUCGAAAAGAGACGCGCAACAUCUACCGGCACAAAGAGGUCCAGGCCAACCAGUACCAAACGACCUACCAAGACCAGUUCGAAGAGACCCGCGGCAACCAAUGGAAAUAAGCAGUCAGGCAAGACAACGCUACAGGGUUAUUGUAUUCCAGCGAAACCAAAUUGUAAACAGUCGGGAGGGACCGUCUCAUCGGAUAGCCAAGAGAUGGAUCCUCCUGAGAAGAAAGUGUGA